AUGGCAGUGAAAAUUAUCGACGACAAUCUGAGAGAAGUUCCUCCCAACACCAAAGGGGAGAUAAUAAUCAAGCACAACGGCAUCUUCACCGGGUACCUCAAGCACCCAGAUCUCACAGCAGACGCCACACCAGAAGACGGGUGGUUCAGACCUCGAGACCUUGCUUACAUCAACGACGAGGGUGACCUCUUUGUUGAGGGGAGACAAUCGGAGGUUAUUGCCAUAGGCAGCUUGAUGAUGUACCCACAGCUGCUGGAGUCCCACCUCAUGAAGUGUCCGGGAGUGCAUGACGUGGCUGUGGUGGCUAUCCCCGACAAGGACUUCGAGAACCUUCCGUGUGUGUGCGUCGUGCAGGAUCCCAGAGCGGAAGCCCAUCUCUUAGUGCCUGAAGACCUCCUUCGCGCAUGCGCCGAGUAUUUCCAGGACAGUUUUCGUCAGGUUCACAAGCAGCGAGAUGUAGCCGUUCCAAAGGUGUGUCUGGUGUUUGACAAGUUUCCUCUCAAUCCCAAUGGAAAGGUGCAGCGGGGAGCAUUGCGAGCUCUGGCUAUGGACAGACUUGGACUCUGA